CGCUUUGUUCGCGUUCCGACAACACUGCACCAGCAUAAAAAAAAGUGUACUGCAAGCUGAGAGAAAGAAAACAAAACGCAAAUAAAUUAUCAGCAGUAAAAGCAGGAAAGGAGCCAACGAAGAAACAAAAAAGGGAAGUGUCUUUCAUUACGCGCUCGCAAAGGUGACAAAUAACGGCCUCAAAAUUGGCAAAAUACGCAAAAAUAAGAAAAUGAGCUACAAUGAGAAAAGUGAGGCCAUCACAAAAGAAGAAUGGCUGCAGCGCUUGGAGCAGUUCCCCUUCAAGCAAGCGGACAUGAAUCGUUUGAUCAUGAAUUAUCUGGUGACAGAAGGAUUCAAGGAGGCGGCGGAAAAAUUUCAACAUGAAGCCGAAUUGGAGCCCAGCGUUGAGCUGAACAGCCUCGAUGAUCGCAUCCUUAUACGCGAAGCGGUGCAAGCCGGCCGCAUUGAGGAGGCCACGCAUCUAGUGAAUCAACUGCACCCCGAUCUGCUGGGCAGCGAACUAUAUUUGUUCUUUCACCUGCAGCAAUUGCAAUUGAUUGAAUUGAUACGCGCCGGCAAAGUGGAGGAGGCGCUCGCCUUUGCCCAAUCCAAGCUAUCCGAAUCGGGCGAGGAGAUUCGCUUCGAAUUGGAACGCACGCUGGCACUAUUGGCGUUCGAGAAGCCGCAGGAAAGUCCGUUUGCCGACCUGCUGGAGCAAUCCUAUCGACAGAAGAUUGCCAGUGAGUUGAAUGCGGCGAUAUUGCGAUGCGAGCACAGUGAGGAUUCGACGCCCAAAAUGAUGUUUCUACUCAAAUUGAUAUUGUGGGCACAGUCGAAGCUCGACAAGCGAUCAAUCAGCUAUCCCAGCAUGAAGAAUCUGGAGACGGCGCAAGUGGAGCCCAAAUAAAUGCAACGAAACAAAAGGAAUGUAUACUCGAGAGCGAGAUAGAGAAGGAGAAAGGGGCGGGCAAUAGGGCGGGCGUCAAGAAGCGAUUAAAUACCAA